AUAAUUAGAAAAGUUAUGUCACCAAACAGAAAAAAGUGAAACAAAACACAGUUGUUGGAUAUUUCUCAUUCUAUGAUUUUUAAGUGAUUGAAUGGACAUGUUUUAAAAAAUGGCUGAUUUCAGUAAUUCCAAUAACUUAACUGCUAGAAAAUGUGGUUUCCCAAAAAUGUAUUUAGCAGCAAUUGCUGCUUUAUCGUUUGCAAUGGCUACCGGCAUGGUAUGCGGUUAUUCCGCAUCUGCAACUGCGGACAUGCAAAGAUCUAGUAGUCCAUUAAGGCCAGAUAAUGGUCAAGUAGCAUGGAUAGGAAGUAUUAUAGCUCUUGGAGCCGUACUGGGAGGCAUAGUCGCCAGCUUUCUAGGCAAUCGAUUUGGUCGAAAAGGAACUCUUAUGCUGAACUCUAUUCCAUUCAUGCUAGGAUGGGGAUUCAUUGCGUAUGCUGACCAUUUUGUCUACGUUUAUCUUGGUCGUUUCAUCACAGGAAUGUGCGUCGGUAUAACAUGUGUCACAAUUCCUCCAUACUUAAUUGAGAUAUCUACACCGAACGUACGUGGAUUACUUGGAGCAUCCUUUCAACUAUUCAUAGUUACUGGCGUCCUUAUUGUUAAUGCUCUUGGUAUAUUUUUGUCUUGGGAAUGGCUGUGCGUGCCUUCAGCAGUACUUGUAGUUGUAGCAAUAGUUGGAAUGGCAUUUGUACCAGAAUCCCCACGUUGGCUUAUUGGAAAAGGUGGAUACCAAGAAGCAGUUGCAGCUAUAAAUUUUUUGCAAGGGGACACUGUCGAUGCAUCAGCAGAAUGCGUCUCUAUUGAUGAAGAUAUGCGUCUCCAACCGAAAGGAUCUAUAUCUCUUAAAGAAAUUAAAAAGCCAGAGUUCAUAAUUCCAGCAUUGUUAUCCUUUUCGUUAGUAUUUUUCCAGCAAACCACGGGAUCCAAUGCCGUUCUAUUUUAUACUGUUGAAAUAUUUAAUGCGACACAAAGCUCUAUUGAUCCUAAUGAAGGAACCGUGAUAGUUGACGCUGUUUUAGUUGUAGCUACGGCAAUUAGUAGUGUUUUGAUGGACCGAUGCGGUCGGAAGUUGCUACUGAUGAUUUCGGGUAUGGGUAUGGCUAUCAGUUUAUUCAUAUUCGGUACUUAUGAUUAUUUGAGUAUAUCAAACGCAUCAAUGAAAUCAGACUAUGGAUGGAUACCUCUUGCUGCCCUUAUAGUAUACAUUUCUGCAUUUUCUAUAGGGUUUGGACCAAUUCCUUGGCUUAUGAUGGCAGAAAUGACGUCAGUGCGAAGUCGAAGUUUAAUUUGUGGAGCAGCUACAGCAAUAUGUUGGCUUUUUGUAUUUAUUAUAACAAAAACAUUUCAAGGUUUGACAAUAUCCAUACACGAUUAUGGUGUCUAUUUCUUAUAUGCCUCUUUUUCUGUUUUGUCGUGUAUAUUUACUUAUUUUUGCCUACCAGAGACAAAAGGAAUAACGGUAGAAGAAAUACAGCAACAAUUUGCUAACGUAAGAAAAGAUGAUAGUAAAAAAGAUUUAGUAACAGUAAAAGAACUGUGCUAGUUAUUUAUAUCCCAAUGUAGAUAAAUAAUAAUAAAACUUCAAAAAUAAUGUAUUUUAAUGAGAUUAAGAGACUUUUCAAGCAAUAAUUAAAAUGACAUUUACUCGAUACUGAAGUUGUGAAGGCUGGCAAAGGACACUUUUUUUUAUUACAGUGUAAUACAAAGAUAAAUUUGUGAUGAAUGCAGUCUUGUGUUAAGCUCUAUAGCAAGUGGAAGGAGAAAAAUAGUAUUCCUAUUCUUAUGCGGCAUCGUACAGCAGAUUAUGAAGGCAAAUUGUAAUGUGGUCAACGAAUCCGAACAGGUCAACAAAUUUCUUCGUCGGGUAGAAGAGGUUACAUUGUCCUGCUAAGCUACAUCUGUCUAAGUAGCUCUUUUCAGUUUUUAAGCUACCAACAACCAACCAAAAGGAAUUUGGAAACCAAAAUGUUAAUCACUAUCUCAAUAUCAAAAAUUGGCGCUUGAUCUGGCAUUGUGUACCUGACUAAUGAUACUGAAAAAAGAAUUGUUGAGCAAAUUUCUUGUCCGAUUCUAGGUCUUACUUGAAUGUUAAACAUUACAACUAUUCUCAUCAGUAAAAGAACAAUGGAGCUCGUCGAAUCAUAAAACUUGAAAUAAACAUAAAAAUCAUAAACAUAAAAAUAAAUGGACAAACUGUAGUGGCUAGAAGAUAUUUAAAUGCAAUGGAUGCAUAUUCAAAGUAUAAAAAAAUGUUUCAUUGUGCUAUUUAAUUUUUUUUUCACUUCCAUCACUGUAUUUAUUUACUUAUACAUGUUUCAUCAUGUGACAAUCAUCACAUUUGUUUUCGUAUUAAAUAAAAAUUUAAAACCUUGA